AUGAUCCCGAAUAUGACAGUGAAGGAUUUUAACCCUCUAGAAGGGUUAAAUUUAAGUGUCGGCUUAAACGGAACAUUCCAGUUUGGGACAGAAUUGGACAUAUUCUUUCAACCGGAACACAUACUGAUCACUCUAUAUGUUCCUAUAAUAUUGCUAUCAUUAGUAGCAAACAUACUAUUGAUAGUAGUUGCCGUGAAAUGCAACUAUACUAAGAAUGUCACGAACAUAUUCCUGGUGAACCUGUCGGCUGCAGACCUGCUGGUGACCGGCGUGUGCAUGCCCAUCCAGCUCAGCAAGGCCAUCACGCUCGUCUGGUUCUACGGGGAGACGGUGUGCAAGAUCGUCAAUUACAUUCAAGGUGUAGCAGUAGCAGCGAGCGUGUUCACUCUCACCGCGAUGUCGGUAGACCGCUGGCUGUCCAUCUCGCCCGAGCCGAGGAUGCGGCCGCCCGGCAGGCGGCAGGCCGUCAUGCUGCUCGGCCUGCUGUGGUUCGCGGCGCUGCUCAUCUUCAUACCCUUGCUUAUGGUGGCGGUGGUCCGGAGGGAGACCGUACCGAUCAUCUCGAAGGCUUAUAAGAAUAUUUCGAUAGAAACCCGAGAUGUGCACUUUUGUACAGAAGAGUGGCCUGGUCACGACACCAGGAAGCAGUUCGGGACCUUUAGUUUUACCAUUGUAUACGCAAUACCAGGCUCCAUCACGAUCCUGUCGUACGCGUGUAUGGGCCGGACCCUGUGUUCCGUGCGACCGCCCUUUGACAUUGACGAGGGAAACGUCAGCAUGCAACAGGGCCUGCGUCUGAUGAAGGAGAGGAAGCGUGUGGCGUGGAUCCUGCUUCUACUGGCGGUGCUGUUUGCGCUGUGCUGGAUGCCGUACAACACCAUGCAAUUGUUGCUCGACAUCAACGCGGUCAAUGCUAAGGACCUCAGCAUGUACCUGCCUUACGCCUUGUUUAUUGGGCACGCCAACUCGGCGAUCAACCCGAUCGUGUACUGCCUGAUGACGCGUAACUUCCAGCGGUCGGCCAGGAAGCUGCUCUGCGGUCGAGGCGUGUGUCAACAGACGCAUUUCACGUGGCGGUGUACACAAAAACCCGAGGGGUCGUCAAGCGACUACGAACUCUAUCACGAGCCGCACAAAAGGUGUUAUAUACAGAUGAACAACCUCCGCCACAACGGGCACGUGCACGGCGCGCACAUCGCGCGUGGCAUCGAGACGCGCGCGCAGACCACGCAGCUGAGUCACGUGACGCGCUCGUCGCGCCGCACCGCGCCUGCUCACGCGCUGUCGGUCGAAAUGCUGCAGCGCCACGGCCACAUCGACUUCAAGCGCUGAUAUACGAAUAGCGCGUUCUAACAUACACCGAUUUGUGUGCAUUGUAGGAAUGCCAGUGCGUUUUGACUUGAAAGACCCCUGUGAAACAAUUGAAGAGUGUUUUCCUCCCCCUAAAAUGACAAAUGUGCCUAGUUUCUAGCGCUGCCGUUGAGCGGACACCAUUGUGCGUUUAUACCAGUGCGUUUUGACAUGAAAGAAAUCUACAUGAAACAAUUAAAGAGUAUUUCUACGACUGCAAUGAUAAAAGUGACGAUUUCUUUGCGCUGCCGCUGUCUAAAUGCAUCGAAACGCAUUCGCAAACCACGCAGCUCAGUCACGUGACGCGCUCUUCGUAGAAAUGCUGUAGCGCCACGGCCAUAUCGACUUCAAGCGCUGAUGUACGAAUAGCGCGUUCUAACAUACACCGAUUUGUGUGCAUUGUAGGAAUGCAUUUGUAAGCAUGCCAGUGCGUUGUGACUUGGAAGACACUGAUCUGAAAUAAUUAAAUAGUGUUCUCCUCCCUACCUAUGGUUAAAUAAUUGGAGUGUCCCGAUUGAUAACUGAUGAGUUUCUUGCGCUUCCGAGAAAAUGCAGC